AUUAAACGUAACUUAUUCGAAUGCACGGUUUCUAAAUCUCGUGCCAGCGACCUUGAAGGGACUUCUUUACCGUGCCUCAGUUCUGGUUGUAAUUGUUGAAUUGUUUUAGUUGCACUGUAUUACUGAUUGCUAUCAAUCGGUAUCCUAGCUAUAUAUUCCCAUAGACAUUUCCGCGCCUGACAAACCUGUAGACUAGCCUCAUACUUACCAAAGGCUGAACGUUAUAUAUCUUAGAUGUUUUAUAGUAUCGAUUUGCUUUCAGCUCAUCGAGGGAAGUUCGGGAUUAUAUGGCUGGCAGCUACCAGGGUAAGAAAACAACUAUCAAGAAAGGAACUAAAUUCUGUCAAUAUUGUUACUGCUUGCAAUGAAAUAACUUCAUAUAUUCUAGGAGAGACACAACUUCGACUCUCAUUGUACUUAGCAUCCCAGUUGACUUUCGGUAUUUGUAUCAUUUACAGAGAAAAAACUAUUGUUAUGCUACGUGACUUGCAAGAGCUAAGCCAGAAAGCUUCUGUAACUACAAGCCGGUCCAUUGACCUACCCACUUGUACUAAAUCUCGUACAAAGCGUAAAACUCGUGUACCAAUUGAUGACCCUGAAGUACCUCUGUUAAACUUGUACAACGAAACAAAUGAUUUUGGAAAUCUUCAGUUGCCUGAUUUGUUUUGGCCCAGUAUCAAUGAACCUUGUCUGGAUUUCAUGGAUACACAAACUCUGUAUCAAGCACGAAAUGAAGACAUAACUUUGGUGGAGGACCCUUCGGUCGAGACAACUGGUACUCGUUUUUCAUUUGGUGAAGAUUUUUUGCCGGAGUUUAUCCUUGAAUCGACAAAUCGUGAUCAUCAUACCAUUCAACCAGUAGAUUUAAUUCCUAUUGAGAUUCAAAAUGGCAAGAGACACAUUUCUAAACAUUUAGUACAUGAGAGUGAAGCUGAAGUUACAGAAUAUUCUGCAGUAGAAAGAUCAUGUUAUUCAGAUAAACCUCAGAGGCCGAUAACAACAAUACAAGAAAAGAAUGUCAUAUUCGAUUCCGUAUUAAAUCAAUUUGUUCCCGUACGUACAGAGAUAGUGAACUCUCCAAAGGAUUUGACGAAUGCGAAAACGCUUGCUCAAGGAAGCGCUGAUGAAUGCACAGUUCCGCAGUCUUUUGAUGUACCUAUGGACUCAGUCAAUGCGCCGAUAACAACAAUACAAGAAAAGAAUGUCAUAUUCGAUUCCGUAUUAAAUCAAUUUGUUCCCGUACGUACAGAGAUAGUGAACUCUCCAAAGGAUUUGACGAAUGCGAAAACGCUUGCUCAAGGAAGCGCUGAUGAAUGCACAGUUCCGCAGUCUUUUGAUGUACCUAUGGACUCAGUCAAUGCAAUUUCAGCUAAUGUGGAUAGUUCACUAAUGCCUUCUGAAAUAAUCAGUAAUUCUACUCAUUUGGAAAACAUCAAACAAUCAAAUGUUGUAUUAGAACAAGUUGAAUUGACUAGAGAUUUUUUAACAGAAACAGAAAUGACUCAGAUAUUACCUCAGGAAGAAGAAGAAAGAACCUUUACUAGUGCUUCUGAACAGAACAUAUGUCCAAUUUCGUUAUCUCGAUUAAAUCCAUUGAAUCCUGUCGAAUCUGAGGAGAAUACGCAUCGUCGUCGUACAAAAAAACAUUCUAAUAAGCUUAUCAUUGAUAAAAUCACCCGACUUACAGCAUCAGAAUUACGCUGGAACAUGUUACAUGGCGAGGAGACCAUGGUUACACGAGACUUUUAUCUGGCUGAAUCAACUCCACGCAGUCAAACACGACAUCUAUUGUCUCGGAGUGUUUCACGAUUAUUCUCUGUUCCCGGUAAUCUGGAAACUGCUCUUAGUCUAAGACUUUGUGACCUUUGGUGUUAUCAUCGGCGUUUAUGUGAAAAAGCUUUACAAAAAAGGAAAUUAGAUGAUUUGUCAAUAAAUAAUGAUGUAAUUCAAACUAAACGUCCUGCUAAAUCAUUAUCAAUAAAAAUGAAUGCUAUUACAGAAGAAAAUGAAUCUUCCGUAGAAAUUCAAAGACUUGCUGGAGAUCAUUCUUCUCUAAUUGGAUCUGAAUCUAUUUUUGGAACUAGUAAUAUAAUUGAUGUAACCAAUAAUCAGACGACCAGUGUGCGUGAAUCAUUAGUGCAAAUGAAAGAAUCUUUUGGGGGUGCUAGUGAUCAACCUAUCCCAGAUAUCGUAACAAAUGUACGUGAUAAUACUGCUUCUGAAAUAACUCGUCAAGCUCUAGAUCUUCCUAUUCCAGGGACUUCAAUAUCUUUGCCUACUGAGUGUACAACAUUAGUUCCUGUAAUUGAAGAACCUGAAGAAAAUCUGCAACAACAAAAUGAGUUGGAUUCUACAUCUGUUGUUCCCAAUUUAACUGAAGCACUACCUGAUCAAUUUCAACUGCCUAUUGAAGUUUCCUCUUUAUCAGGAAAACGUUUUCAUGAUAAGUCACAAUUAUGGAGAUAUCUCCAUAGUCAACUAAUAGAGUCCAAUUCUUGUUCCAUCGACAUCGAAAACCUUUGUCCAUUGGGUUGCAGUAAAAAGCAAGCAGCAUUUGUAUUCAUGACACUUUUAGAGUUUGCCAAAAAUCGCCAAAUUAUUUUAUCGCAAUCCGUAGCUUUUGGACAAAUUCUCAUAACAAUAAUACACUAAGUAUUAUGAGUUUUAAAUUCAUUAUUCAUUGUUUGUUAUACCGUUUGUUCAUGCAAUAUUAUUAUCAUUUUAUAUACUACCUUUUUUUUCUUAUUAUAGUACUUGAUCAGUUUUGAUGAAUCAAUUUUUCAUAAUGGAUGAUCCGAU